GUCAUCUGCUUCAAGACAGCAGGCCGAGGGAGAGGAUGUCCGGGACGAUGGACCGUUACAGGUACUUCACCUUCAACCAGAGGAGCACGGUGAUGCUGGGCCUGCUACAAAUGGCGUGCGCCGGGCUGUGUGUCGUCUGCGGCCUCAUCGACGCCGCCUUCCGCAGGGACACGACCCUUAGCAGCACCAGGGCGCCGCUGUGGGCCGGGGCGAUCAUGGCAGUACCAGGGGUCCUGGCGCUCUUCUCCUCCCAGAGGAAGAACCCUGUGCUGGUGAAUGCCAUGAUCGUGGCGUCCGUGGUCUCCUGCAUCACCACUGCGAUGGCGGCCAUCUACGCCUGCCUGACGCUGAGCUACGGAGAGGACGACGACGAGCUCUUUCACCCCCAUCACCUCAGCAUCCCUCAGGCCAAGUUUGUCCUGAGCAGGAUGGUGAAGGGGGCCAACGCCACAGUGCUGCUGGCCUGCCUCAGCAGCCUGCUAGUGUCGGGGCUCUUGGCUUUCCUGGGCUGCCGCAGCCUGCCUCUCUGUGCCUGCUACGACGCCACCACUGGCCUGGAAAUGCUGGUUCCCCAAAAUGACCCUGGUCCCCAGACAGAGAUGGUGUGCACCUGGCAAGGUGGCGAUGACAGACUAUUCAAUGCACCAGUGCAGCUCAGCGACAGGAGUACAGAGCAAGAGGACAGCCCUUCCAAAGUCCCGCCCUAUAUCAGACUGGUUUGAGCCAGCUUGUUUAACAGAAGGGCAAGG